AUGUCGGAGACCGCGCCGGUUCCUCCUGCUGCUCCCGCACCUGCGGAGAAGACGCCGGUUAAGAAGAAGGCGAAGAAGACGGGCGUGGCUGCCGCCAAGCGCAAGGCGUCCGGGCCCCCGGUGUCCGAGCUCAUCACCAAGGCCGUCGCCGCCUCCAAGGAGCGCAGCGGCGUGUCCCUGGCCGCGCUCAAGAAGGCGCUCGCGGCCGCCGGCUACGACGUGGAGAAGAACAACAGCCGCAUCAAGCUGGGCCUCAAGAGCCUGGUGAGCAAGGGCACCCUGGUGCAGACCAAGGGCACCGGCGCCUCGGGCUCCUUCAAGCUCAACAAGAAGGCGGCCUCCGGGGAGGCCAAGCCCAAAGCCAAGAAGGCGGGCGCGGCCAAGCCCAAGAGGGCCUCCGGGGCGGCCAAGAAGCCCAAGAAGGCCGCGGGGGCGAGCACCCCCAAGAAGAGCGCCAAGAAGACCCCCAAGAAGGCCAAGAAGCCCGCGGCGGCGGCUGUCGCCAAGAAAGCGGCCAAGAGUCCGAAGAAGGCGAAGGCUGCCAAGCCCAAGAAGGCCGCCCGGAGUCCAGCCAAGGCCAAAGCCCCGAAGCCCAAGGCAGCCAAGCCUAAAGCGGCCAAGCCCAAGGCGACAAAGGCAAAGAAGGCGGCGCCGAAGAAGAAGUAAAAAUUGUAGCGGGAUGUCCUGCUCUGGAAAUUUCAAAGGCUCUUUUCAGAGCCACCCACUACUAUCGGGCAAAAGAGCUUAGUAACUAGUAAGUAUUUCAUUUAGCCGUUACUCUGUUCUACUUAUAUGUGUUAGAACCUGCAUGCCGCUCGCUUGCUCGUACGGAGCGCUUUCGAAAUUUGCCGCCCGCGUCGGAUUGGCUCGCUUUCCCUUAAAGCGACCGGGUCCUGUUUCGGCGCGCACCCUGCCGCAGCCGGAAAGCGCUUAUGCGCCCAGCCAGUCGGUCACAGUUCUCGUAGGACGAAUUGGCGGCUCUGAAAAGAGCCUUGGGACUUUGGGUAGCCAUCGCUGUUGUAGAGCCUUCCCUUGCCCUUGGCCUUGUGGUGGCUCUCGGUCUUCUUGGGCAGCAGCACGGCCUGGAUGUUGGGCAGGACGCCGCCCUGCGCGAUGGUGACGCGGCCCAGCAGCUUGUUGAGCUCCUCGUCGUUGCGGAUGGCCAGCUGCAGGUGGCGCGGGAUGAUGCGCGUCUUCUUGUUGUCGCGCGCCGCGUUGCCCGCCAGCUCCAGGAUCUCGGCCGUCAGGUACUCGAGCACGGCCGCCAGGUAGACGGGCGCGCCGGCGCCCACCCGCUCGGCGUAGUUGCCCUUGCGGAGCAGGCGGUGCACGCGGCCCACCGGGAACUGCAGGCCGGCCCGGGAUGACCUAGUCUUGGCCUUGGCGCGCGCCUUGCCGCCUUGCUUCCCGCGCCCGGACAUAUUCGAGAAGAAACUGAUUCUCAAGCUCAUCGGAGGAAGGGGUUAUUAUAGUGCCUGUCUGUUUGGUAAAAUUUCCUUUCCCAUUGGUUUGCAGAGGCUGUUGAGAGUUAGCCAAUCAGAAGGUACUCUUGGCUUACGUGUGCCCUAGAGAAAGAAAAUGCUUCACCAAUUAGAGGUUGAGAUACUAAAAGUUGUAUAUAUUGUGAAACAGUAGAAAAUCUUGGGGUUUUUUUUUGUUUGUUUUUUACUUGAUCAGAUGGAGUCCUCCUUUGCGGGACUAUUCACGCUUUUCUUCGCUAAAGCUGCAUGUAAUUACUUACCACUCUGAUGCUAAAGAGUAGUAAAAAAUGUAAACGUCACCUCUGGUGGUUUAUCAUUUACUCUUUGCCAGAUUCCUUUCCCUAGAUUGUUGAGAGGUUCCGGGGAGCCAUGCUUGGCUGUCGAAUAUUUCUGCCGAAUACUCAAGGAAUAGGAAAGGUGAAACAAUAAAAGAAAAAUCUCUCGGAAGGCUGUGCGGUUUGUUAGAAAGUUCCCGGAGUUGAGGUGACCAGGGCAAAAUAAAUGGGUUCUAGAUGGGUUGAUCUGGCUGUUUUGUUCCCAGGGCUGAGGUGUUUUUAUUUUCAUUUUUUAUUUCAGGGAAGCCCACUUAAUUUUACUGGGAAAUCUUGGCAAAAAUCUGAGUCCUACAGAUCAUUAUGGGGCUGUAAACCUGGAUGGGGAAACAUUGUGUCUUUAUCUUCAUGAAGUGCAGAUGCAAUUUAGCAUUUCCUUCAGUUGUGUAUAGGCAGCUAAUCAAAAUGGAUUUUGCAAGUGCCUGUGGCUUUUUCAGCAAUGGCAAGCACCUGUUUUCUUAUCACUUGAAGUAUGCAGAUAUCUUGAAAUAAAGUUUACACUCAUUCUGA